CGUGAACCGAUCAUCUUUUUUUCGUCACUGAUGAUCUCAUCGGAUUGCAAGUACUUUCCGCAUCGGCGGCGGCAACGCCUCAGGAGUAUAAAAUAAUAUGGACGACCGUUGGGCCUCCGCCUCCUUUCUUUGCAUAACCCGCUAUGUCGUCUAUUGGACAACCAGUCGCCGAAAAGGCUUUCGCUGCCAUGACCUCCGAGCCCACAUCUAAAGUUAAGGAUCUUCAGCGAGACAUACAGGAACCGCGAGCCAACCAGCCUCUGACAACGGAUCACGGUGUCAAGGUGGCUGACACGGACAAUUGGCUUAAGAUCAUCGGCGAGAAUGGCGGUUCCAACGGUCCUAUGCUCCUUGAGGAUCAGAUUGGGCGAGAGAAGAUACACCGCUUUGACCAUGAACAGAUUCCAGAGCGUGUAGUGCACGCCCGCGGUGCCGGUGCUCAUGGCUAUUUCAAAGUCUAUAGUGAUCGCGCUUCGAAAUACACAUUCGCCCCUGUCCUGACGGAUUCCUCGAGGACGACUCCUGUCUUCGUCCGUUUCAGUACUGUUCAGGGUUCGCGUGGCAGCGCUGACACCGUCCGCGAUGUCAGAGGGUUUGCAGUCAAAUUCUAUACUGAAGAAGGCAACUGGGAUAUCGUCGGAAAUGACAUUCCCGUUUUCUUCAUUCAGGACGCUAUUAAAUUCCCUGACUUCGUUCACGCCGUAAAGCCAGAGCCACACAAUGAAGUGCCUCAAGGCCAGAGCGCUCACAACAACUUUUGGGACUUCGUGGGCCUGCAGCCCGAGUCUGCACAUAUGGUGAUGUGGGUCAUGUCUGAUCGCGGCGUUCCACGGUCCUUCCGCAUGAUGCAAGGAUUCGGGGUGAACACCUUCACCCUGCAGAAUGCCUCAGGUGAACGCCACUUUGUCAAGUUUCACUUUAUCCCAGAGUUGGGGGUCCACAGCCUUGUUUGGGAUGAAGCCCUCAAGAUCAACGGUCAAGAUCCCGAUUUUCACCGCAAGGACCUGAACGAGGCCAUCGAGAGCGGGGCACACCCAAAGUGGAAGUUCGCCAUCCAGGUAAUCCCUGAGGCCGAUGAGCACUUAUUCGAGUUCGACAUCUUGGAUGCCACCAAGCUCUGGCCGCAAGAAGAUGUACCUCUUGUGGAGAUUGGCGAACUAGUUCUCAACCGCGUUGUCGACGAGUUCUUCCCGGAGACCGAACAAGUCGCAUUUUGCACCAGUCAUGUCGUUCCAGGAAUAGGAUUCAGUGACGAUCCCCUUCUGCAAGGUCGGAACUUCUCGUACUUUGAUACCCAGAUCUCUCGUUUGGGCAUCAACUGGGAGGAGCUUCCCAUCAAUAGACCUGUAUGUCCUGUGCUCAACCACAAUCGCAAUGGGAAGAGCAGGCAUCGUAUUGUUAAGAGCGACAUCAACUAUUGGCCGAACCGCAAGGAUAUUGGGCGUCCAGUUCCUGCGGAGGAAGGUGGAUAUGUCGAAUAUGCACAGCGUCUCGAAGGUGUCAAGGCGAGGGCGCGCGGGCCUAAGUUCCAGGAGCACUUCAAGCAAGCUCAACUUUUCUUCAAUUCUCUAACCACGUAUGAAAAGGCCCAUCUCGUCAACGCCAUCGGCUUCGAACUUAGUCAUUGCGAGGAUCCGGUCGUUUAUAAGUCCUAUAUCGACGUUCUGAACAACAUUGAUUUUGACCUGGCAAAGGCGGUCGCCGUUCAGGUGAAUGGCGAGGUACCAACUAAGCCCGGUCUUGCCAAUCAUGGGAAGCAGAGCAAGGGUCUUUCGCAACUCGAAUAUUUGCCCAAGGAGCCUACCAUCGUUUCAAGGCGCAUCGCCAUCCUGAUCUCGGACGGUUUCAACGCCGUUGAGAUGCAAGCUGUGCGGGCUGCUCUCACGAGCGCACGGGCCGUUUGCUAUGUUAUCGGUCCCCGUCGUAACUACAUUCGCCCAAUGCCAGGUCAGGACUUCGGUCCGGGAAUAUUCGCCGAUCACCACUUUGACGGCCAGCGUUCAACGCUCUUUGAUGCCAUCUAUAUCCCUUCCGGCGAGGAGCACGUAAAGACACUUGCAAAGAAUGGUCGCUUGGUUCAUUGGGUAAGGGAGGCCUUCGGUCACUGCAAGGCUAUCGCCACCGUUGGUGAAGGUGUUGAUUUCCUCCGUGACGUUGUUAGACUCCCUGGCAUUGAUCUCUUCGCCCCUUCGCGCGGUCAUGGCAGCGAUGAAGUUGUCACAUCUUACGGUGUCGUGACUACCGGGAAGUACAGCAUUUCCUCGGCUGUCGCAGACGUGCUCAAGAUUGCGCGUGAUACGGGAGGGUUUGCUUCUAACUUCGCGUUCCAAAUUAGUCAGCACAGAUGCUAUGAGCGAGAACUGGCUGGGUUGACUGAGCAGGUUGCGUUCUGAGAUUUGAUGGGCUAUCGACAGAUUUCUUAUCGGUUGGUUGGUUGGUUGGGGGGUGGCUGUAAGAUUAUAUCACGUACGCAAUGGCACUGGCACCUGUCAAUGUAACGUACGUGCCAAGAAAUGUAUCAUUUCC